AUGUGGAGGCUGCCGGGCGCGCGCGCCGCGCUGCGUGGGGCCGUGCGGGCGGCGGAGCCGAGGCGGCGCGGCGGGGGCGAGGCGAAGCGCGGGCCUGCGAUGGAGCGCGCGGUGGUGCGCUGCGUGCCGUCGGAGGCGACGCUGAGCGUGUCGUUCGCCAUGGCGGACGGCCGGCGGCGCAACCUGCAGCGCGACCAGAGCGAGCCGCUGGGCCGGGCGCUGGGCCGCAUCGCCGCGCACGCGCUCAAGGGGCCGCGCAAGCGGGGGGCGAAGGGCCAGGGCCAGGGCCAGGGCGGGAAGGCGCGGCCUGAGGCGGCGGGGGGCGUGGACCCGGAGCCCGAGCCCGUGGCGGUGCGCCUGUGGCUGCGCGACGAGCCGGUGUCGGAGGCGGCGCGCAACGCGGACGCGUGGGUGGACGGCGCCGUGCUGCAGGUGGGCGGCGCGCGGUACCGCGUGGAGCGCAACCCGCCGGCGCUCACGGAGCUGCGCCUGCCGCGCGUGCUGCUGGCCGGCUGCCCCGCCUGGCCGCGCCUGCGCCUCGAGUUCGCCCAGCCCGACGCCUGCCGCUUCCGCUGGUUCCGCGAGGCGCGGCCCGGCGACGACGACGAGGCGCACGACCCCCGGGACCCGGAUGAUCGCGACCAGGACGACGACCACGACCCCACGCGCUGGGCCGACACGGGCGAGCGCGGCCGCGCCUACACGCCGAGCGACGCGGACGUCGGGCGGCGCCUCAAGCUGCGCUGCACGCCGGGCGACGGGCAGCGCCUGGGCGAGAGCCUCGAGCUCUGCGGCGGCCCCGUGCAGGCCGGGCCGGGCGCCUGCCCGUGCGACGCGCGCCACCUGCGCACGCGCCGUCCGGCCGGGCCCGCCCGCCUGCGCGCCCUGAGCUACAACGUGCUGGCCGACGCCUACGCGAGCUCCGACUUCGCGCGCGCCUCGCUCUUCCCCUACUGCGCGCCGCACGCGCUCGAGCCCGACUACCGCCUGAGCCUGCUGCUGCGCGAGCUGAACGGCUACCGCGCCGACCUGCUGUGCCUGCAGGAGGUGGACCGCGCCGCCUUCCACGACGUGCUGGCGCCCGCGCUCGCCGCCCGCGGCCUGGACGGGCUCUUCCGCCCCAAGCGGCCGCAGGAGGGCCUGGCCACCUUCUUCCGCGCCGACAAGCUGCGCCUGCUCGCCCAGCACGACGUGGCCCUCGCCGACGCCCUGCGCGACCACCCGCGCCACCGCCCGCUGCUCGAGCGCCUCGCGCGCAACCCCCUGGCGCGCGACCAAGUGCUCCGCCGCUCCUCCGUGCUCCAGGUUUCUGUUUUUCAAUCUACAGAGGAUCCAUCUAAAAAGAUCUGUGUUGCUAAUACCCAUCUUUACUGGCAUCCAAAAGGUGGGUACAUUCGUCUCAUUCAAAUGGCAGUAGCCUUAGCUCACAUUAAACACGUCUCCUGCGAUCUGUAUCCUGGCAUACCGGUUAUAUUUUGUGGGGACUUUAAUAGUACUCCGUCCACGGGAACGUAUCAUUUUGUCAUCAAUGGCAGUAUUGCAGAGGACCAUGAAGACUGGGCUUCCUACGGGGAAGAAGAACGUUGCAACAUGUCCCUUACCCAUUCCUUCAAACUGAAAAGUGCAUGCGGUGAGCCUGCUUACACAAAUUAUGUUGGUGGCUUUCAUGGAUGCCUGGAUUACAUUUUCAUUGACAUGGAUGCUUUUGAGGUCGAGCAGGUAAUUCCAUUACCUAGUCACGAAGAAGUGACCACCCACCAGGCCUUACCUAGUGUUUCCCAUCCUUCGGAUCACAUAGCACUGGUAUGUGACUUAAAAUGGAAAUAGACUUGUGUUCGAUGGAGUUUUAAGUUGUCUUUAAUAAGAAAUUAAUAUAAAUCAAACUUUACGUGUAAUUCUUAAAAAAGGAAAACUGGACACGAAGUUAAAAUGUUCUUGUAUGUCCAUUGUCUUCAUUACAUGACUGUCAGUGUUUGCAUAAAUUGUU